AAGGUUCCACGAAGACAUCUCCUGAAAGAGGAGAGAGUGAAGAGAUAUUAAAAAUGACCAAAAUAACAACAGAACUUCUGUUGGAAAGAGCCGUGCCCAAGUCGACAAGGCUGCGAAAGAUCAAAACUCUCAACUUGUCCAAGCUACAGAUCACGAAGGAUGACCUGGAGCCACAGUUGUUUUCUCACCUCCGGCACCUCCAAGAGCUGGACCUCUCCGACAACCUGCUGGAGCGACUCCCCGACAAUCUCAGCCUGCCGAACCUUCGCGUCUUGAACUGCGACAGCAACCACCUGGAGGAUGUGGUCUCUUUGCAGCAGUUUCCACAGCUGGAGGAGCUGACCUAUGAGAACAACGUCUACCUGACUCCCAGCGAUGACUACAAAGUCAUGUUUCUCCUGCGAAACCUCCGGCAACUGAAUGGCAAGGACAUCACCAAGUUAGCCAAUCACGUGAGAGUGAUCAAUAGCCGAGAGCUGACGACGAGGGUCUCUGCUCACUGGGGGAAAAACUUUCGGAGCCAGUUGCCCAAAACCUUGUCUCCUGAGCAGUUGAAAUCGAUCAGGAAAAAGUUCAUCCGGUCUGCACAAGCCCACGUAGCCUACGGACCAAGUUCCCUCAGCGACUUCACCCGAUGGCGGGUGAAAAUGAUUGCAGAGGAAUUCUUGAAUUCGCUCAUCAAUCAGGAAAGUAAGUCGGCUUCUGACGUGGAAGAAGGGAUGGAGGAAGAAGCAGAGGAAGAAGAAGAGGAGGAGGAGAAGGAAAAAAAGGAGGAGGAGGAAGAAGAGGAGGAGGAAGAGGAGGAAGAAGAAGAUAGAAAAGAAGAAGAAAGUAAACACAUUGAAGAGAUUGUAAACAAAGUCCCCACUAAGAGCGCGGCCGCCCCCGGGAAGAGGAAAGGCUCUCGCGCCAAAGGGACAGCGUCGUCCGCCGGCAAGAAGCGCCGCUCCCAGGAGAAGCCCUCCUCUCCCCCUACCGCCAAGAAGUCGUCCGCCCGCUUGCAGGAGGCCAAGGAGCCCCAGGCUGGGCAGGACCCCGGAGGGGCCGCGCACCGCAAUGGAUCAGGGCGAUUGCCCAAGGCACAGGGACACAAGAGGGCCGGGCACCCCAAAGAGGAGCACAAGGAGGAGGAGGAGGAAGACGAAGAAGAGGAGGAGGAGGAGGAAGAAGAAGACAAGAGGGAAGUCUGCCGCACGCCCGUCAAGGACUUGGAAGGAGAGGAGACAAUCAGCCUGGAGCCGGUCCAUUUCCUCCAGUGUCACAGUAAAGGCAACAACAGAGACGACUUCAAGACCCAGUUGUGGGCCUGCGUCUUUGAGCCGCCGCUGGAUUGCGGGACAAGAAAAGACCCAGUGGUGAGCUCCUCCAGGACAGCAGCGACCUGUGGUGGGGACUCGGUCUGUUUGGUGGACUGCGAGACAGGCAUCGUCUUGAAAAAGUACAAAGUAACUGGAGAGGAGUUCUAUACGGUUGCGUGGACAACCCUGACCAUGGCGACCAGCGACGGGAGGAAAAAGAAGCACAACGUCCUGGCAGCGGCUGGGAGGAGAGGCAUCGUGAAGCUCAUCCACGUGACGGCCGACUAUUGCUACGGGGAGAUCAAGGCCCACAAGAAGCCCAUCGCCACUGCCUGCUUCAGCCCCGUCAAUGAGACACACCUCUUCACUGCAUCCUAUGACAAGAAGAUCUGCAUGUGGGACAUUGGCGUGCCGGACUGUGACUACAACUUCAAGGAAAGGCAGCUGCUGGUGCUGGAGACAGUGUCCACGCCGCUGCGCAUAGCGCUGGUGCCCUCCUGCCCCGACCGGUACUUGGUGGCUGGCUGUGAACAGGGCUGUUUUGCCUGGGACAUCCGCCUGGACGACAAGCAGCCCAAGAACAGGCCUUUCGAAGUGGAGUUUCAAUUCCCGAACGAUGCGGGGAACGAGACCUCAUCCCAUCGAGUGGAUGGCCUGGCUUUCCUGAAUGAAGAUAUUGUGGUGACCAAAAGUUCGAAGACGGGCUCCAUCAACCUCUGGAGUUGGAGCCGCUCAUUCAAGCAAGGGAAGGGUGGGCGGAGGACCGUGCAGGCGGUCAUCCUGGCCGAACUGGAGUGGUCCUCCACCGACCUGCCUUACCUCACCCUCAGUACCUGCCCAACAGAAGAGUAUGUGUUCUGCGGCGACGAGAAGGGAAGCGUCUGGAUGUACGACCUCAGCAACCACUUGUCCGCUUUGAGCGUCACAAAGGAAGACUGUACCGCCACGAGAAUAGGGCCUUCGCAGGUCCUGAAGUGGCCGGAGCUGAAGGCCAAUGGGGAGCUGCUGACCGAUGUCCUGGUGAACAACGUGGUCACAGACCCCACCUUCACGUACCUGGUCGCCUUGACCGAUGUCAACAUUGCCGCAAUAUGGAAGAAGGCCUAGCGGGGGGUCCCCACCCUCAUUUAUUUUCCAUCCGCGUUUCAGUAGUAUUUGCAGUCUUUGUGACCGUUCUCUGAGAAUUAACCGGGGGGUCGGGGGUGGAGGGGGAGGGUUGAAAUGUCACGUGUUAUCAAUGCAAAGGGAGUCCGCCAAUAGGUAUCGGAGCCCACAUCUCUUAACUGUGACUUUUGCUUUAUCUGUUGUAUUAAGUGUAUUUGUUUUAUAGAAGGACGGUAUUUAAUAAAUCUUGAUACGAGGUAAUGGCGAAA